UCCUGACCCCUGCAUCCGUACUUGUUUCAUCGCUGGGAAGCUCUUGGAUCAUACAAAUCCUAGUUUUCAAGACAACUAUAAGUGGAUGUCCAUGGAAGCAUGCUUGGACUGUCUUAUAGAUGAACCGGGUAGUGAUCGUGUUGGACCAUUAGUACUACUAGGACUUGGUGAUGGUUCCCGUCAGUCCAUGAAGCAUAAGUUGCCAUCUUCUCUGCCUAUCCAGGAGUAUCCACCUGGUGUUAUGCUUGUGCCAAUGCGUAGCAGGACAUUGAAACCUUUCAAGACAACGAAUUUGGUUGUGUUUGCUCCAGAUAAUGGUUCAGAGGAUCAUCAAGGGACCCAUUUUGUAGCUCAUGGGGAUGCAUUGAUAGUGGAUCCUGGAUGCCUCUACAAACUCCACGUUGAGCUCAAGAAAAUCGUUGAUGCUUUGCCUAGAAAGCUAAUUGUCUUUGUUACUCAUCACCAUCGUGAUCACAUUGAUGGUCUUUCUGCUAUACAAGAAAGCAAUCCGGAUGCUAUUCUAGUGGCACAUGUCAAAACUAGGCAUCGCAUUGAUGGUUGGUCUGGUAACUAUACCCCAGUUUCUGGAGGAGAAAACAUUUAUGUCAAGGGUCAGAGAUUGACCGCCAUUUUCUCUCCGGGACACACGGAUGGCCAUAUGGCACUACUUCAUGUCUCCACUCAUUCUCUGAUUGUUGGUGAUCAUUGUGUUGGUCAAGGAAGUGCUGCCUUGGACAUCAGAGGAGGUGGUAACAUGACGGAAUAUUAUCAAUCGACGUAUAAAUUCCUGGAGCUGUCUCCAGAUGUGGUGAUUCCCAUGCAUGGAAGGGUCAAUUUGUGGCCGAAACACAUGCUUUGUGGAUAUCUGAAGAAUCGCAGAAGCAGAGAAGAAUCCAUCCUAAAGGCUGUGGAAGAUGGAGCUCAGACGUUAUAUGACAUAGUUGCCAAUGUGUACUCAAGUGUGGAUCGCAGAUUCUGGUGGGCUGCAUCAUCAAACGUAAGGCUGCAUAUCGACAAUCUGGCUGUAGAAAACAAAUUACCAGAGGGAUUCUCAAUCCAGAAGUUCAAAGCAAGUUGCGGACUGCGUUUGACAGCAGGUUAUGUCAUUAGCCAUAUUCCUAUCAAGAUCAAUAAGCCAGGUUUUAUUAUGCCACUGAUAGCUGCAGGAGCUGGAUAUUUUCUUCUGUACACAUCUAAACGGAAGAACAACCAGAUUGAAUCUUGAUGAGUAAAGUGAUAGUAAAUCGUAUUAAAAGUAAUAAAUUUGGCAAUAUACCCUUUUUAUGAACUUCGACUUUCAUUAUUAGAGUAAUAAAAACACUCCAAAAAAAUGGAAAGUUGACUUUUAACUA